GUCCUUGAAUCUGUACAGCUACCCUCUUGAAAAGUAUUCUCUACUCAUUUGAGGUUUGUAGUCUUGACAAGGGCGAGUGAGACAUCGAGCCAUAUGAGUAAGCAUUAAACUAGGCAUUCCUGUGUUUCAUUGUGUGCUUCCCCCGCUCUUAACAACCUGGAGACUGCGCAGAAAGCGUCGGGAAAAAGUGCAUGUGCAAGCAGAAAAGACAAAGUUCAUAGAGCCGAAGUGCAGGAUGUCCCGUUAAGGAGAAAAAAAAUCCUCCAGAGGAGCAGAGGCAACACAAGCUGACGGACUGAAAGGACUGCAACCCAGAGCGAACGACAUUUACCACACCUUAAGUAUUGUUAACGAGUGAAAAUGGGCUUUCCGACGAUAUUUAGUUGUCGUCGGAUUGUUCUUAAAGUGUUUUUGGUUCAAUUUAUCGCCUUUCAAGCAACAUAUGCAGCCCCUUCGCCUAUUAUCAGGUUUCCUGGAGACGAUACACCCAAAACAGACAAAGAAGUUGCUUUGCACUAUCUGAACAAGUUUUAUGGAUGCCCACAAGACAGAUGUAACCUUAUGGUGCUUAAGGACACCUUAAAGAAAAUGCAAAAGUUCUUCUCUCUCCAAGAAACUGGAGAGAUUGAUGCCAAAACAGUGGACAUCAUGAAAAAGCCCCGCUGUGGCGUCCCAGAUGUGGCCAAUUACAACUUCUUCCACAGGAAACCCAUGUGGCAGAAGAAGGAUAUCACCUACAGAAUCCUUGGAUACACUCCUGAUCUUGAUGAGGAAGUGAUAAAUGAUGCUUUCUUCAGAGCCUUCAAAGUAUGGAGUGAUGUCACCCCACUCACAUUCAACCGCAUUAUGGACGGAGAGGCUGACAUCAUGAUUAAUUUUGGCCGCAAUGAACAUGGAGAUGGUUACCCCUUCGAUGGCAAAGAUGGCCUCUUGGCUCAUGCCUUUGCUCCAGGGCCAGGAAUUGGGGGAGACUCUCACUUCGAUGAUGAUGAGCAGUGGACGCUUGGAGAGGGACAAGUGGUGAAGGCGAAGUUCGGCAAUGCUGAUGGAGAGUUCUGUAAAUUCCCCUUCCUGUUCAUGGGCACUGAGUACAACAGCUGUACAUCUCAGGGCCGUGACGAUGGCUUCCUGUGGUGCUCCACCACUUACAACUUUGAUGACGAUGGCAAAUAUGGCUUCUGCCCCCAUGAGUUACUCUUUACUCUGGGCGGAAACGGCGAUGGUUCUCCAUGUAAAUUCCCCUUCACCUUUCAGGGAGAGAAAUAUGAUGGAUGCACCACUCAGGGCAGAGAUGAUGGGUAUCGCUGGUGUGCCACUACAGAGGACUAUGACCGUGACAAAUCCUUUGGCUUCUGCCCUGAGACUGCCAUGUCAACAGUGGGAGGAAAUUCAGAAGGAAGUCCCUGUGCCUUCCCCUUCACCUUCCUGGGAGACACCUAUGAAUCCUGUACCUCAUCUGGACGCAGCGAUGGCAAGAUGUGGUGUGCCACCACCAAGAGUUACGAUGACGACCGCAAGUGGGGUUUCUGUCCUGACCAAGGCUACAGUUUGUUCCUGGUGGCAGCCCAUGAGUUUGGUCAUGCCCUUGGCUUGGAGCACUCUCAGGACCCCGGAGCAUUGAUGGCCCCCAUUUACACCUUCACUAAAGACUUCAGACUUUCCCAGGAUGAUAUCAAAGGCAUCCAGGAGCUCUAUGGUGUGCCAACAGGCAAACCUCUGCCUCCAACCCAGGGACCCGUCACUCCCAUGGACAUCUGCAAAGAGCCAGUUAUCUUUGAUGCUGUAGCACAGAUCAGAGGAGAGACUUUCUUCUUCAAGGACAGGUUCCUGUUCAGGUCAGUCAACUUCAGAGGCAAGCCCAGCGGACCCACACUAGUGGCCACCUACUGGCCUGACCUGCCUCUCAAGAUAGAUGCUGCCUAUGAAAACCCAGUGGAGGAAAAAACAGUCUUCUUCGCAGGCAACGAGAUGUGGGUCUACAAAGCAGAUGACUUGGAGAAAGGCUACCCCAAGAGGCUCUCCAGCCUUGGCCUCCCCUCUGACCUGCAGCAAAUUGACGCUGCCUUCAACUUCAGAAAGAAUAGGAAGACUUACUUCUUUUCUGGGGACAAAUUCUGGAGAUACGAUGAAAAUACAAAGAGAAUGGACCCUGGCUUCCCCAAACUUAUUGCUGAUUCCUGGAAUGGCAUCCCAGAUGGCAUCGACUCUUCCUUCAGUCUUAAUGGAAUUGAUUACAGCUACUUCUUCAAAGGCAACCACUAUUUCAAACUGGAGGACAGCAGCUUGAAGAUUGUCAAGUUGGGUGAAAUCACAAAGGACUGGCUUGGUUGUUGAGCAUUUCCAAAAUGUCUUGCAACUGGCUAAUUCCUGCGAUGACCUCAUGAGGACAUUGCUAUAAUAUUGUACACAACUUGAGGUCGCCGCAGUGCACACUGUUGUAUUUUUUUAUCCUGGCAACUCUGCACGCUUCCGUGGGAGACAUGUCCCUUCCAGCCUGUAUAACCAGCCUCCAGCUUUGUAGAAAGGCACCUCUGGACCUUCUACACAGGCUGAACAUAGGCAACUGGAUAUUUGCUAUAUUACUGUGUGAUAUUGACUUUUUAUUUGUUAUGCUGAUGCAGAUUUAUUACUAUGUGUACCCCCGGUUUUUUUGUUUUAUAGUAUUUUUGUUUGUUUGUUUUUAAAACUCAGACAUCGGGUAUGUCCACACUGCAUUGAACGCAGUGCUAUACUGUGCUGUGAGAUAUUGCCUUUUUAUGCAAAUUUGAUUCUGUUAUUAACCAUAUGAGGAAUUCAUGUUGGCUUAGAAUAACUUACAUGUCCAGUGUACUAAGUGCAGUUUUAUAAAUGUAUCAGUUUUAAUUAAGUAAUUUUCUCAUUGUUGUGCACUACAUUUGAAAAAAUGAAUUUGCACAAUGUGUCUGACCGAAAAUGGUGCUUUAGAAAUUGCUUUUUGCAUAUAGUCCUAUAUAUCUAUACACUUUAUAUUCUGUGUAACUAUGUCUGAUGGGACUACUUACUAUCCUCUGGAUGUUAGAAAGUAGUAUUCGCAGGCACACAUUAUUCUCCAUUUGGUUAGCACUUUGUAUAGGACUAUAUAUGGGAGCUGCACAAUAUGGAGUCCAAAUGAUUGUCAUGGCAACUCCAACUUUGCAUUUCCCUUCUUGACUAAUGGUACAGAAAGAUUAAAGGCACAGGUUGCCUGUAGAGGCUGUAUAGGUUUGCUGCAUGAUGGAAUCAUGACAAGAGUACCGUAGUAGUAUUGUUUAAUAAUCUUUUUUUUGUUGUUUUUUUUGUUUUAAUAUUCUCCUCUCUUUCUUGGGAUUUGACAAUACAGUCAUUGUUUUCUGUUGUUUUUGUUUUUAAUGCUUGUGCACUUUGUUACUGUCAUCAAUAAAGAUGGUCAAUAUAA